ACAAACGGAUGAUGAUGAUAGUGCUGAUCUGCAACUUUCAGCUGCUGCAUGAUCGUUAUCAUAAUUCCCAAGGCACAAAUAUCGAUUGGGUAGCAUCAGUUACUGUAAGGCGUUCAGGACUAUCGUAUCGGAAGUAGCAGCAGCAGCAGGAUGUUGGCCACGACAAAGUGGUUCGCAUUGAUUUUUUGCGUUGCCUCAAGCCUAGCGGCUGAGCGCCACGGUGACAAUCCCUUCAACGAUCAGUUUUUGCAGGAGGUCCAGGCCAAGGCCAAAACAUGGACCCCGGAUAGUUCGUUUGAGGCUGGAAUUCGGUACGGUGCGUUCGCGAGUUUGCCAGGGAUUCACGAGAGUUUGACUGAUUUCAGUCUGCUAACCAAACGGUAUCACGCAUCGUUGACAAGCAUGGAUUUGCCGAUACGGUUCGAUGCCAGGGAGAAGUGGCCCCAGUGUGAAUCGUUGCGUAUGAUCCGAAAUCAGGGCACCUGCGGAUCUUGUUGGGCGGUUGCAGCCACAAGUGUGAUGUCGGACCGGUUGUGCAUUCAUUCUGGAGGCCGCAUCAAUGUGGAUUUGGCCGCUGAAGAUUUGAUGGGAUGCUGCCACGAUUGUGGUGAAGGCUGUAAUGGAGGAUUUCUGGAUGGAUCUUCGUUUCUGUACUGGGUCGAUGCUGGAGUUGUUAGUGGAGCGCCAUUUAAUUCUACCGAUGGCUGUAAGCCUUAUCCAUUCAAACCUUGUACUUAUCCUUUCAAGAACUGCGCGAAGGAAACAAGUCCCAAAUGUGUACAUCACUGCAUUUCGGAAUUUGACGGAAAGUACAAGAAAGACAAAUUCUAUGGCGAAGUGGCCUACAAGGUCCCUAACGACGAGCGAAUGAUCCAGUGGGAGAUCAUGACCAAUGGUCCUGUGGAGUCUGGAUUCAAGGUAUUCCAGGACUACUAUUUCUACAAAUCUGGCGUCUAUCAGCACGUGAAGGGCGACCGAGUGGGCAAACAUGCCAUCCGGAUUUUGGGCUGGGGCUGGGAGAAUGGUGUUCCGUACUGGUUGAUCGCCAACUCAUAUGGUACUGGCUGGGGUGAGGAUGGUUAUUUCAAAUUUCUUCGUGGGUCCAACCAUUUGGGCAUCGAGGAGACUGUUAUUGCUGGUCUGCCAAAGCUGUCGUAAAGAUGAAAAUAAAAAUGUAU